AUGUGUUUGAAGACUGCACGCCUUAAAUUUCUUGACAUAUGUAAUUAUUUGGCUCCAGGGUAUAGCUAUGCCCAAUUUUUACAAGCGUACGAAUGCGUUGCUCGGAAAGGGUACUUUCCUUACGAGUGGUUUGAUAACCGUGAGAAACUUGAUGUUGGCGAACUGCCGCCACAAGCGGUGUUUUUUAGCACCCUUCGCAAUGCAAAUAUUUCUGAUGAUGAGUAUCAAUACUGUCUCGAUGUUUGGCAAAGCGAAAACAUGCAGACAUUUCGAGACUAUUUAGUGUGGUAUAACAAUUUGGAUGUCGAACCCUUUGUAGAAGCUAUCGAAAAAAUGUUUCAGUUUUACCAGCCCAGGGGUUUAGAUCUAUUUAAGGAUGGGAUUUCCGUCCCCGGGUUAGUUAUGAAAUACCUUUUUAGCAGACUCGAGGCAAACACCUUUUUUUCCCUUUUUCAAGAACGUAACAAAGACCUGUACUACAGUUUUAAAAACAACAUCGUGGGUGGGCCCUCAAUAAUUUUUCAGCGUUAUCAUGAGAGAGACAAAACGUUCAUUCGUGGCGGCAAGCCGUGUAAGCGAGUUUGGGGUGCAGACGCAAACGCUUUAUACCUUUGGGCCUUGGCGCAAGAUAUGCCAUGCGGUUAUUAUGCUAGACGUAGUUCGGAAACAAAUUUUAGGAAACAAGACUUUUUCAACAAGUCAAGUAUAGAAUGGCUUGAUUAUGUAGCGCAGCGCGACGGUGUUAAUAUCGAACAUGCCCAUAACAUGGGCGAGAAAAGAAUAGGACGUUAUUUCGUUGACGGUUUUGAUACGGCUAACAAAACUAUAUAUGAGUUUAACGGCUGUUAUUUCCACGGUCACCAAUGUGAGAUAAACGAAAAGGAUUAUAACGAGCGGUGUGGGGUUCAAAUGAGAGUUCUUUAUGAACGAACAAUUGAGCGGAAACGAUAUUUGCAAGACCGCGGCUACACCGUAGUGGACAUUUGGGAAUGUCAGUAUAAACAAAUGCGAAAGACUGACGAUGAUUUGAAACUUUUUCGUCAAAAUUACAAGCAGGGUUUAGACGUGAAAACGGCAAUGUCUGAGGCCGAAAUACUUUCGAUGAUAAAAAGUGGUAAAAUUUUUGGCGUUGUUGAAUGCGACAUACACGUUCCGGACGACAAAAAAGAUAAAUUUUCAGAAAUGUCAUCUAUUUUCAAAAACGCCGACAUUCCUUUGGAGGCUAUCGGCGAGCACAUGCAAAAUUUUGUUAGAGAAAAUAACUUGAAUACAAAGCCGAGACGAGGGUUAAUUGGCAGUAUGUUUGGUAUUAAGAUUUUCCUUACCACCCCUCUUUUACGCUGGUAUAUCGAACAUGGUCUACAAGUAACAAAAAUUUAUCAAAUUGUCGAGUAUACACCAAAAAAUUGUUUCGCGAGCUUUGCGGAUGACGUGAGUAACGCACGCAGGGAAGGUGAUCGUGAUCCUUCCACUGCCAUCAUAGCAGAAACGAUGAAACUGUUCGGCAAUUCAGGUUACGGUCGCACGCUUACCAAUAAAGAAAAGCAUUUGGAUAUUAAGUAUUGUGAUGAGUCAAACAUUGGUUUAAUGGUUAACGACCCUCAUUUUAGGAAAUUGGACAUUGUAGAUGACGGUUUUUACGAAGUAAGCAAAACCAAAAAGUCGAUUAGCAUGAAUUUACCUAUUCAAAUAGGUUUUUUCGUUUACCAGUACGCAAAACUUCGCAUGCUUGAGUUUUAUUACGAUUUUAUGGAUACAUUCAUUGAUCGCUCUGAUUUUGAGUACUGCGAAAUGGAUACCGACUCGGCCUAUGUCGCUCUCUCCGGUGAGAGUAUUGACGCUGUGAUAAAACCCGAACUCUGA